AUGCUGUGUGCGUCGUCCACCCGGGACACCGAGCGGCACAUGCCACGGUCACCCCCAGGCACACGUCUGAAACAGGCCCUCCGGGAUCAAGGUCAGCUGCAGGAAGUGGCCUGGUCUGCGUACUUGGUGACGCUGCCUCUCUCCCCAGAGCCAGAGUGGCCACUUCCGGGACGCAGCACCUGCUGCCGAGUUCCGCUGCUGCGGCUGCAGCCGCUGGGGUCUUCUGGACCUUCGCAGCCGCCCCUCCUCGCUGGACAGGGACCAGAAACAUCUCUGGCUGGGUUGUGGCUGGACUCCCCUGCUCUGUCGGGGCCACCAAGGUUUGUGGAGCUGCCUGCUGGGCUGGCUCAGGGCGUGGAGGGGCGGUAG